AUGUCGGAGCCCACGGUCAUUUUCAGCUACAGCGCUGGGAUCAGCGCGUGCGAGAAGGGCGAGCAGUGGCAGCCGGCGCUGGCGUUGUUGUCCGAAAUGCGGGAAGCGAAGCUGGAGCCCGACGCCAUCUCUUCUACAAUCUACUUCGCUGGGAUCAGCGCGUGCGAACAGAGCGGGCAGUGGCAGUGGGCCCUGGCGCUGCUCGCGUGCGGGAAGGUCGAGCAGUGGCAGCGGGCCUUGGCGUUGCUGAGGGACAUGUGGGAGGCGAAGCAAAAGCCCAACUCAGCUACAACGCCGGGAUCAGCGCGUGCGAGAAGGGCGAGCAGUGGCAGCGGGCGCUGGUGUUGUUGA